AUGGAUAAGGGUUUCUUCAAGGUUUUCAAUCCCGAAACCAGUGCAAAACGGAUGAAAAUUCCUACAGGUUAUACAAAUUACAAGAAUGGAAAGUUACCUAGGAAAGUUUCCCUAAGGGAUCGAUAUGGCAAUAUGUGGCCUAUAGGAGUAACCAAACAAGGAAGAGAUAUUUAUUUCAAAUAUGGUUGGGAGAAAUUCAUUGAGGAUAACAAUAUGGAGUUUGCAGACUUUUUGAUAUUUGAUUAUGAUGGGAAAGGAACAUUUGACUUUAAAUUACUUGGAAUAAAUGGAUGUGUAAAGAAUGAAGCUGGAGGUAAAAAGAAAGGGGAAGAAAUGAAUGUUGAACAUGAAAAAAGUGUAGAGUCAAAAGAGAAGACUUGGGUCACUGAGAGCAGCAAUAGUUCUUCCGAUUAUGAUAGUGAUGAGCAUUACAUGGUAGAAGAGGAAGUUGUCAAAGAAGAUGUGGAAAUGAAACAAGAGACACAUAAAAGGGCUUCAUGUUCAAAACGCAGAUACGUGGAAGAGGAAGAAGAUGAGAAGCGAGAGGGGGAGGGGGAGGAGAAAGAAGCUCAGGAAGAGGAAGAUGAAGAAGAGAAUGAAGGGGCUGGAACAUAUACAAAAAAGGUGCAACAUUCCAAAGUUGGAUGCCAAAAAUCCAAUGCUUGCAAGGUGAGCAAUGUCCCUGAACAUUAUGGUGCAGAUAUAUUCAAAAGUGGACGCGCAACUCAGCCCAAAAAUCCUUACUUUCUAGCAAAGAUACGAGAAAGAAUGAGAGAUCAAUUGUACAUUCCCAUGGAUGUGCUGAGAGACUACAAACUUGAACUCCCUCCAAGCAUGACCAUUCGCGACUCUGUUGGCAGAGAAUUUGAGACAAGAGUCAGUAAAUGGACCGACGGUAGAAUAUGGCUUCUUGGUGGAUGGCGCAAUUUAGGUAGGUUUAACCUUAUGGAGAAAGAUGACAGGUAUAUCUGUGAAUUUGUGAGAGGAAAAUGUGGCAAGGGCCUUUACUUACAAGUUCAAGUUCUCCAUGAAGGGUCAAGUUCUCAUCUAGAAAAUAAAUAA